AUGUCGACCUCCCAAACACGCCCCAAAACACCACCUACUGAAUAUGGACCCUCACUCACUCCGCCAACACUGGAAGAAAUCAAUAUCUGCCAUUUAUCUAUAGACGUAGAAUUAAGUGAGAAUACAGAUAAUGCUCCUCCACUAGCCGUGGCAGAUAACGAUAGUAAUCGUGGACGUUCGGGUCAUCUCCCGCCAUGGGUCUUCUUGAUUCUUACUGUCAAUAUUUUAGCUACUGCAGCUAUAGGAAUAACAUUGAUUCAACUGAUAAUAUAUGCCAACCAUUACGAGGGAAGACGUCCGGCUCUAAUCGCUUGGUGUAUAGCAGAGUCCCUGUUUCGUCUAUGGGCUGUUUACUUUGCAGUCAGAAAUUUUUCUGCGACUUAUACAAUAAUCCAUUCGUUGGGAAUAUUCUUAGGACAAAAGCUUGAUUAA